GUGGUAUCUUCUAAAAGGCUUUGUUCGUGUAUAAGUAAAAAAGGCAUAAUUAUAUUUUAAAUGCAGUCACGAUUUUGUAUCUAUAUAAGACCCGGUAGCUUUCAGUAGCUUCAGAAGGAAUUGUGAGAGUGAACAGACGACAAGACCUCCGAUUACAUAAACCUACCACGCCGAGAUGAAGUUUACACUUGUCUUACUUGUGCUGUUCGUGGCUUCCACGUGCACCUCCGCAUACUUCUUGAAGAGGGGGAGGGGCGGACCGGGAGCGGGUAAACCUCCAAAAAGCGGCAGUGCCAGCGGAACCAACGAUGGUGAAAAGAGCGGCCCAAGACGUAUGUGCAGGGAGGUAGUGGAAUUUUGCAUGAUGGACGACGAAGAACGCUCUAUGGGUGACGCGGACGUGACUGAGAAGGUUAUAAAGGAUUGCAUCAAAGAAGUGGAAGAAGAAAUUGUAGACGCAAGAAGAGAAUUGGUAGAAGAUCUAGGCCCCUGCAAAUCAGCUCUAGAACAAUGCCUUGCUGGUCCUCCGCCCCCAGACCAGCCACUGCGUCGUGCAUUAACUCUCAUGCUCAGAGAGGAGGACUUACAGAAUUGUGAGGCUUUUCUGGAAAGUUUACCGGAAGAAAGCGUUGAUGAAAAUGAUGGUGGAUCAAUGUCACAAGGUCCGCCACCAACGGCAUCAGGGCAAAACUUACGAAGAUUCCUCUACAAAAUGCUCAAUAAAAACUAACAGUUACACUGGAUUGUAAUAAAACUUACAAAAACCAAAACGAAACACGGACUGCAUUUAUGGACAAUGAAUAAACGAUUCUUAUAGAUUUUUAUAUAUCCUUUCCUUCUUUAUCUUAGAAAGCAAAUACAUGUAUCUUUCUGGUUUUCUGUUAAUUGUUUUGUUGUCAUAAAAAAAGAUAAAAAAAAAAAGGAAUGAUUAAAAAACGAUCUUUUUUAUUUAAUGAGUAAGCGACCAGGGACAUUUUUGAACCUACAUAAUAUGCGUUUGGGAGUAUAAUCAAAAUACCUAUAAAUAUAUAAAUACCUGUAAUUUGACAAAUGAAACUAAUUUAAGGUACGAACAAUUCACGUUAAAGGAACAAAAACAUCAAUCGAAAAGAAAGUCUACACAGCAUAUAUAAUAACGAAUGGUGACAUAGUUUUACGAGAAAUAUCUUUAUUUACUAUCAUUGUCACUUUGCGUUUAUGUUUAUUGUCUAGUUAUGAUUGGUUUUGUAUAAGUACAUGUAUUUUUUGUCGCCCUUGAUUUCUGUUUCUUUCUGUAGUAAACUUUAAGCAUCAUA